GACUCUCGGCUGACGAAGCAAAAGAGAGAUUGUCGGUCGCCGCCGCCGCCGCGAUUUCAGCGCUCUCGUCUCGGCGAUGUGAUAAUAAUCAUCAUCAUCGUCACCGCCGCCGUCACCACCACUACUCUCCAGUUACCGCACACCGUUUACGCGUAAACAAUAUUGUAGUACAACUACUCCUAUCGUCCAUUUUUUUUUCUCAUUAUCUUUACAGUUUUUUCCCAGUGAUUUAUCGAACUAUAAUAUCAUUAAUAUCUUCCCCGGUUCGUAUUCUCGUCCGUCGCAAUUCCACCGAUUGUCGGGCUGUGCGUACCGUAUUAUCGGUCGUCCAUCCGGUAAAACCCACUGGAUCGCGAUCUAUUUCGUUCGAUCGUUUCUCGUACGUGUCAAACCGUUGUCUGUUAACAGUGUAAGUUGUAAUCCUGAAGACCCGUCGUCUUGUACGUAUCCGUUUUGUACUGCACCGCGUCUCGAGUGACCGUCGGCUGUUUCUCGGGCCCGAAUAAACAUGACUUCCAACGACGAUCUGAUGCAAAAGACAAUGUUGAUCAUCGAACACAAAAUAAGAAACCUGGAAAAACGCAAGCUUAAAUUAGAAGGAUACCUCCAACAACAAGAGGAAGGAGUGCAAUUAAGUGAUGAUCAAUUACUAGCUGCAUCAAAAUUUAGUGAAGUAGUUAGUACUUUGGAUUUUGCAAGAAAUCUGAAAGAUCAGUUAAAUACUCUUUUAAUAACGGCAAAACAAAUCAGAAACAGUACAAAUGGUGAAAAGCUUCCUACUAAAGUUGAUAGUAAAAUCAAGCAAGUUUUAAAUUUUCAGAAUAUACUAGAAAGUAUCAAAGAUGACUCUGUGAAACAAGAUUUAUUAACUGGUAAUAAUGGUGCAGUACAAUUGACUGAUGAUGAGCUCUCAAAAUUGUCGCAUUUUUCUAAAAUGGUUUCACCUAAACGGCGAGUAGAAGAAGGAAAACCACUUUUUGAGGAUCAACUUAAGACUGUUUCCAAACAUUACAUGAAGCUUAUAGAAAGUAAGCCUAAUAUUGUAGCUGGUACAAGUUAUGCACAUUUAAAGGAAUGUUUAAUAAAAAUUGAAAAAAGUGGUUAUCUGAACAAUAUAGUUAAACUAAAACAAGUUGAUAAAGAAGUUAAUACAAUUAAUGAAGAUAAUAGUUUAGAAUUUCAAAAUGUACACCAACCAGUAGUUUCCAUAAGUAAUGAUUCACCAGACAACAUACCAAUUUCUAGUAUUCCUAAUGCAGAGUUCACUCCAAAUAAAAUUGAAACAAUUUAUUUUACAAAUAACAAUAUUGGCGGAACUACAGUUGAACAAAACCUACAAAAUAGUAAAAACACCUCAGAUUUAGUAUUCAAUACAUCAUUUGACUUUUUACAAGAUUCUCAGCUCGAAGAAGAUAUUAUAAGUGUUGACCUAAAUUCUAUACCAACUCAAACAUUUUCUUCUUCUAUAUAUGGUAGUCAUGGACCAACAGAUGAUGCAAUUUUAAAAAUACUCUCUACUCCUCCACAACACCAACCAUUGGAAACAAAACAAAAUCAUUUAGAAAAUGUUGUGGAUGUAAAUAUUUCUAGCUCUAAUUCCUGGGCAGGAAAAACUGAAGUAAAUUGGCAAAGUAGGACCGAAUCAGGAGAUAGUAAUAAUUUACCUAGAGAAAAUUGGUCAAUGGCUCAAAUGAUUAAUAACGGCACAAAUAAUGAUUGGCUCACAAAGAAUAACUGGGUUCAGAUGGCUGAAGUAGAUAAACAAAAUCAAGUACCAGUACAACCAACUCAACCAUCACCCAAAAAUACCUCUUCUAAUUUCGGUUUAGUUACUAAUGGAUUUACAGAAAAUCUCGAUGAGUUAUUGCAAAAAUCAGUGGUUUUCAAUAAACAAGAAUCAUACCCUGUUACUACUUCCUCUAAUAAUUCAACAUAUUAUCAAACUAAUUAUGGGCAGCAAUCGCUUGAACGUAAUAUUGGGCAUUAUACUAAUUCUAACGGUAGUAAUCCUAGAAGCCAUUCAAAUGAUUACAAUAAAAGAUCUACUUCUAUGAAACCUAAAGCUUCAUAUUCAGGAGAAGGAGGACCAUCUCGAGGUUAUCAACAAGGUAACUCAUAUGUUUACAAUAAUCGCUCAUAUAAGUCCAAUAGCAAUACCAACACAAGUAAUGAGUAUUCUAGAAUCUCACGGCAAACCUGAUGAAAAUCAAACUUCAUGCAAUCCAUUGCCUCAUUUAAUAUUUUACUGUGCAAAGUGGAACAGUAAACAUUUUGUUCAUUAAAUAUGAACUUAUUACAUAAUACUAAAGAAUCUAUAAGCUUUUAUUGGCUCUAGAUAAUACCAAAUACUAUUUUAUUCUCUUAAUUUUAUUGCCCAUAUUUUUUCUAUCUUUUUUAAGGAUUUGAAUUUACUGAACUCAAAAUACGCACUUAGAUAUCUAUAUAAAUAUAUAAUUUUUUUUUUCUUGAAUUGUGAUUGUAUACUUAAAAAAUAGCAAUUUAAAAAUG